GUGUCAGUUGAAUUUAUAUUUCAUCCAGUUCAGGUCCAAGUCGCGUGCUAGAAGAUGUCAUUCUCCGCCGUUGACAUAACCACCGAAAAGGAUGGGGGGAAAUCUAGGGAUAAGAAAUGGCCCUGGUACGGAGCACCCAUCUAUGCGGCCAUCUGCUUUGCACUCUUCUAUGUGUCCGUCCUGCCCAGCUUCUACUCGUACCCCGACAUGCUGUACCAGCGCGACGAGGCCCAGCACCCAGAUGAGUUCAUCGGGGAGCGGUCAAUGAAGCAGCUGGCAGAGUACGCGUCCAUCGGAAACAAGAUGAGCGGCUCGAUAGCCAAUGAGGUGCACACAGUCAAUUUUCUGCUGAGGGAGUUGCAGAAAAUUGUGGACGAGUCGCGCACCGACCUUUACGAUAUCGAGGUGGAGAAGCAGUACUCCUCGGGCUCCUUCUAUCUCUGGGGCAUGGCCAUGACGUACACCAAUCUGUCCAAUGUCGUGGUAAGGAUCACCCAAAAGAGCCAACAGAACGACAACUAUUUGCUGGUCAACUCGCACUACGACUCGGAGGUCGGAACGCCGGCGGUCAGUGAUGACGGAGUCAUGGUGGUAAUCAUGCUAGAAGCUCUGCGUGUAAUCUCACGCUCGGAGAAGACACUGGCCCAUCCUGUCGUCUUCCUCUUCAACGGGGCCGAGGAGGCCUGCAUGCUGGGGUCACAUGGCUUCAUUACGCAGCACAGAUGGGCAGCCAACUGCAAAGCCCUGGUCAACCUGGACUCGGCCGGCGCUGGCGGACGCGAGAUUCUCUUCCAAACGGGACCCAAUCACCCGUGGCUGGCCAAAUACUAUCACCAGAGCGCGGCUCAUCCGUUUGCGAAUUCGAUGGCGGAGGAGCUGUUCCAGAACAACUUUAUACCCUCGGACACGGACUUCCGUGUCUUCCGCGAUUACGGAAAUGUGCCCGGUCUGGACAUGGCUCAUGCCCUAAACGGCUACGUGUACCACACCAAGUACGACAACUUCAAGAACAUAGAGCGAGGCACCUACCAAUCGACGGGUGAGAAUGUGCUACCCCUGGUUUGGGCCCUGGCCAAUGCCCCCGAAUUGGAUGACACCGCCGCCCACGAAGAGGGUCACACGGUCUUCUACGACUUCGUGGGCUGGUUCAUGCUCACCUACACAGAAUCUGUGAGCAUUGCCAUCAACGUGACUGUUUGCCUGAUAUCCCUGGCGUGCAUCGGCAUUUCCGUCUACCUAAUGACAAUGGACAAUGGGGCAGAUGCGGUCAAGGCCGUGUUCCUGCGAUUCGGCAUCAUAUUCUUGGUUCAAGUGGGAACGGUAUUUGUGGCCUGUGGCCUAACCAUUCUCGUGGCUGUCUUCAUGCAGGCUGUGGGCCUGUCGGAGUCCUGGUACUACGGACACUGGAUGAUCUUCGGACUGUACUUCUGCAGCCUGUUCUUCGUGCUGGGUCUGCUGCCCGCCGUCUACAUUGGCUGGACGAAGCGGAAGAGCAACAUGAAGCUGGACCAGACCAUAGCCUGCUUCAUGCACGCACACUGUAUUGUGAUGAUCGUUUUGUGCAUCAUCAUGACCAGUCUGUCCAUUCGCUCCGGCUACUUCCCCAUGAUUGGCAUCUUCUUCUACACGAUCUCGGUGGUUGUGCAGAUUACCCUCAAGCUCUCCCUGAAGAAGAGCUACUUUGUGACGAGCCACUUGAUCUGCCAGGUCCUGCCCUUCAUUUACUACACCUACAUGUGCUACGCGAUUCUGAUUGUGUUUUUGCCUAUGCAAGGUCGCGACGGCCCCGACAGCAGUCCCGAUGUCCUUGUCUCCGUGUUCAUCAUCUAUAUGUCUGUGCACUUUGCUGGAUUCAUAAUCCCCAUUAUGCACAAGUUCCGCAAGCCCAAGAUUAUUUUCUCCAUCUUUGGAGUAUUAACCAUCAUAUUCAUUAUACUGGCCACGACAUCCGCGGGAUUCCCCUUCGUCAAGGAGCUGGCACCACAGCGAUAUUAUGUCCUGCACACCACGCGAACAUUCCACAAUGCGGACAAUACUGUCAAACAAGAUUCCGGCUUCUAUAUACAACCCGUGGAUACGCGGCUAGGCGAGCUGGACGAUACGACGUUCCAAAAUAGAGAACCCUCCAGUUGGACUGAUGCUUCCUGUGCUGCCGAGCCAUUCUGCGGAUUGCCCAUCUACAGCGGUCGCUGGAUUGACUGGAAGGACUCUGCUCGGUGGAUCUAUAGCACGCCUCCACAGCUCCCCAUAAACAUCGAUCUGACGGAAGUCUCUAAGGCAUCUCUGGGACAGAACAAGGUUCGCUACGAGUUCAGCCUGCGAGCCAGCGAUCGCGUCAUGAUCUACAUAGCUCCAAUGGAUCAGGUCAAGGUCUCGGACUGGUCAUUUGACAAGACACCCCUCGAUGAGGGGCACACUCCGCCCUAUCUGAUGUACCACAUAUAUUCCAUGACCGAGGAGCCCUUCGACUUCUGGGUGGAGCUCGAGCAUGAGGUCAGUAAUACGGAGGGACCGUAUUUCAAACUGGUAGUCUCGGAGCACUUCCUCUACCACAAGGAGCACUACACCGAGGACUUCCGGGAGUUCCUCGGCACUUUCCCCGACUGGACCUACACCACCGAUUGGUUUUCGUCCUUGGAAAGCUGGGUAUUGUAAGCAGCGAAUAGUUUUAAGGAUACAUCGAUUUGUUAACUUAAUACAAAAUUUAUAAUAUAUUUUAAUAGGCUAAUUAUAAUCUUAAA